AAAUUGUACGAUUGCCGCACGGAAUAUCUUAUAUAAAAUCUAUCUAUGUCAAUGAACGUCGAUGAUUAUUUAAGUGACGAGAUUUUUAAUAAAAAUCGUAAGAAUAGAGAACGGCCGCCGCUAUGGGAUUCCUUUCAGGAUCCACCAUCCAAGCGAGCUACGGGUUCGGCGGCCAAUUGGUCGAAACUUGGUGUUGUACUUAAAAUAUUUAAAACUUUAACAUAUUUGUUCGUCUUUGUGGUUAUGCUGGGCACAGCAGUUAUAUCAAAAGUUUCGUUCAUCUUCAUGGCGGCUCAGAUCAGUUUGAGAGAUAAUGUAACAUAUUGUCAAACUAUUGAACCAAAUGAAAAUUUUGAAGCAAAUCUACCGACGGUUGAACGAAUCACUUGGAUUUGGGCUUUGAUAUUUUCAUUUGCGGCACCAGAAGUAUUUACUUUUUUCCGUUCGUUACGUAUCUGCGUAUUUAAAGACGUCAAAUCGCCAACAUGGCUCGAAGUAGUUUUGGUUAUUGCAUUUGAACUGUUGCAUGUGGCCGGCUUGUCAGUGCUCAUAUUUUACGUUUUCCCGCGCAUCGAUUCAAUUCGAGCUCUAUUUCUCUGUAACGGCGUAUGCUUUAUACCAUCUGUAUUGAAUAUUUUAAUGGGAACCAAAAUUCGGGGCAAAUCUAUAGCCGUUUAUUCAAUUAGCCUUUUCGCUUUAAUAGCACAGGCCAGCACAUUUGUGGUGUGGCCCGUAAUUAACGAGUCAAUGGCAAUGCAAAUAUUAGUGGUGCCCUUGAUAUUAAUAUCGUUUCGUUGGUGGGAGAAUUACAUCAAUUCAUAUUCCAGCAUAGUCAAUUUAAUUAAGUUGGUACGUCGCACUAAGUCCCGUUAUCACACAUACUUAUAUUUGUCGCCGGUAAAAAUUCUGGUGUUUACAUUGACGGCAUUCGCAUUGACUGGUCAACCAAUGGAAGAGUACCUCACAAAGUUUACACAAGCAUGGAAACCUCAUGACAUUGUAAUUAAAAAGCUACAUAUGGGUAUUAAUCAAUUAUCAACAAUUCAAUACAAUUAUCAUCAUCAUAAUCAUUAUCAUCAUAAUCAUAAUUAUCAGCAAUUCAUCGUACAAUCAAAUCCGAACGUUGUGGUCAGUUUGUUGCUGUCGCAAGUGUUAUCUUCAUAUUUGUGCUACAUAUUCGGCAAGUUUGCCUGCAAAAUUAAAAUACAAGAAUUCAGCUUUGCUCUGCCAAUCAGCCUCGCUACACCACUGUCUGCGGCUACGAUUGUCAUACUGAUAUGGUUGCGUGAGACGGACGUUUGCUCAUUUAAUGACUACUUGCCGAAUUAUUUGUCAUUUAGAGGACCGGUAUUAGAUGAUGAUAAUGACGAUUAUGCUGGCCAAACUUUGCAGUGGUGGCGAUUGGGGGGGAAUGCAUUUACUAAAGACUAUAUAUGGCUAUGGAUACUGUGGUGGUUGUCACAAUUGUGGGUAACGAAACAUAUUUGGAAUCCGAAAAAUGAUAAAAAUCUACCCACCGAAAAGCUGUUCAUAUGUCCGUGGUACAGUGGCUUUUUCAUUGAACAAUGUAUUACAAUGAAUCGACGCAUAGCUGAUUGGAACGAGGACUAUUUAUCAAUAAAAAGCGAAUCGCCUUCACCGAACGGAAAUAGGACAACAGAUAUCCUCGAAACGGAUAAAAUACCUCAACUGAUUAUUUGUGCUACCAUGUGGCAUGAAACUCAAGAUGAAAUGAUGGAAUUUUUAAAAUCAAUUGUGCGACUCGACGAGGAUCAAUGUGCAAGACGUAUGGCAAAAAUUUACAUAAACAGUGGAAAAGCGGAUGAUGAAUAUUACGAACUCGAAACGAAUAUUUUCUUUGAUGAUGCGUUCGUUUUGGAUGAGAAGUGCAUGGAGAAUGCAAAAAAUCCGCCAUUAAAUGAAUACGUUAAGCUAUUGAUUACUAGCAUUGAAAAGGCGGCCUUCGAAGUGUACGGUGUGCAAAUAAAAAUUAAGUCGCCCGUUAAAAUCGAGACACCUUAUGGGGGACGCUUGGUGUGGACACUGCCGGGACGUUCGAAAAUGAUUGCCCAUCUGAAGAAUAAGGAUAAAAUUCGCCACAAAAAACGUUGGUCGCAAGUCAUGUACAUGUACUAUUUGCUCGGAUUUCGUAUUAUGGAACUGGAAAACGUGUCGGCGAAGCGUAAGGCAGUCAUAGCGGAGAAUACAUUUUUAUUGGCUUUAGAUGGCGAUAUUGAUUUUCAACCCCAAGCUGUCCAAUUGUUGAUAGAUCGCAUGAAAGCUAUUGAUGAACUGGGUGCUGCUUGCGGCCGUAUUCAUCCCGUUGGUCGUGGACCGAUGGUAUGGUAUCAGAUUUUUGAAUAUGCCAUUGGUCAUUGGUUGCAAAAAGCGACUGAACAUGUAAUCGGUUGCGUAUUAUGUAGCCCUGGCUGCUUUAGUUUGUUUCGUGGCAGCGCGCUUAUGGAGAAUAGCGUCAUGAAGAAAUAUACGACAGUUUCCCAGGAACCAAUGCAUUAUGUGCAAUACGAUCAGGGCGAGGAUCGUUGGCUAUGCACUCUUAUACUUAAGCAAGGUUUGCGUGUUGAAUAUUCCGCGGCUGCUGAUGCGUACACCCAUUCACCCGAAAUGUUUAAUGAAUUUUAUAAUCAGCGCAGACGUUGGGUUCCCUCAACUAUAGCGAAUAUAUUUGAUUUGCUUUCCGAUGCCGAUAUGGUCAUAAAAAACAAUAGUUCGAUAUCAAUGCCAUACAUUAUAUAUCAGGCCAUGUUAAUGAUUGGAACAGUGCUGGGACCGGGCACCAUAUUCUUAAUGAUGGUGGGAGCUCUGGUUACCGUCUUUAGCACGGGCAUAUGGAACGCGUUCCUAUGGAAUUUUAUACCGCUUUUAACCUUUAUUCUAUCUUGUAUUUAUUUGAAACAAAAAUAUCAGUUACUGUUAGCAUUCGUUAUCAGUUCAUUGUACUGUCUGGUAAUGAUGGCCGUUCUAAUUGGUAUUAUCAUACAAAUAAUUGACGAUGGGCCACUUGCUCCGGCUUCGCUAUUCUUUUUAUUGGUAUUCUUGCAAAUUUUUAUCGCCGGUCUUGUACAUCCGCAAGAGGUUGCAGCAUUAAUUUGCGGCUUUAUUUAUUAUAUCACCAUUCCAUCGAUGUAUAUGUUAUUGCUCAUAUAUUCGGUGUUUAAUAUGAACGAUGUAUCCUGGGGUACACGAGAGGUUGCGCCCAAGAAGGAAGACGAGAGCAGUGCGCCCAGCCAGCAGUUAGAUGAAAACAACAAAGAAAAGGAUUACCUACCGGGCUGGAUAAAUGAUCCCUUGCUCGUUGACUCCGAAUUGGGUGAGAUAUCGUUGCGUGAGAAACGUUUCUGGAAGGAAUUGAUUAAACUAUACCUUCGACCAUUGUUUCAUACCAAAGAGAAAAAAUUAGAAAUUGCCGACAGCCUGCGAGAGCUACGCAACAUGUUUGCUUUCGCUUUUGUUAUGAUAAAUUCGAUUUUUGUAUUGGUUGUGUUUCUAUUGCAGCUUAAAAAGGAUUACUUGCAUCUAGAGUGGCCGAUCGAUCCAAUCGAUUUUAUUACAUACGAUGAUAUUAACUCGCAAAUCUAUAUUUAUCGCCGUUACAAAGAAUUGGACCCGAUUGGUCUUUGCUUUGUCGUAUUUUUUGGUGUGAUUUUGAUUAUUCAGUUCAUUGCAAUGUUCUUUCAUCGUUUCGCUACAAUUUCACAGUUGUUGGCUACAACUAAAUUGGAUUGGUUUAGGACAUCGAGUGCGUUAACCGAAGAGGAUGCUGCCCAAGAGAUUCGCGGAAAUGCUGUACAUAUAGCGCAUCAACUGCAACGGCCCAAACGUCUAGACGACGACGACGACGACAACGAUGGUAAUGACGAUGCAGUCAGCGACAUUGGCCGCGCCAACGAUGACAGCAUUGACGGUGCAGUGCGUAUGGCUCGCCGGCAAACUAUAUUCAAAUUGCACGAGAGUUGUAACAAGAACCAAUGCGAUUAUAGCGAUUUACCGCGAAAUUUCGAAAGAAGAUUCUUCGGUAACGAUGACAUUAAUGUUAAACACAUCUCGAUGAGCCGAAAGUCUCUAAUGAUGCUGAACAAAACACGUUUUGUGACGAAACGUCGCCUAACCGAACAAGUGCGAUGCAAUACUGAUUUUAAUAGAUGUCCCCCUCAGGAGUGCUAUGAUAACAUUGCAUACGACGACAGCACCAAAGUAUAAACUUGUGCCACUUGUGUUAACUGCACUUC